AGAAACAUUGUCAGUAUAUAAGAAAAAGACUUUUUGUUAAUUUAAAUAUUAUUAAAUACCUCUCAUGUAAGCGCUCACUCAUCGGCUCGGCUUUACUGGUCAACGUCACUAAAGCCCUCAUCUCAUCUGUAAUUAAUUAUGGCUUGGAAAUUUAUGGACAUCAUUCUAAGAAUCAUCUAAAAAUGCUUGCUGCGCCCUAUCAUUCUUCAGUUCGUUGUUCUCUUCGAGUGUUUCCAACAUCGCCAAUUAAAAACAUACUGACGGAAGCUGGCCUACCUUCUCUAAAAGAUGCAGUGGAAGAUAGCUUAAAUAAGCUUUAUUCAAAACUCAUACUCAGCACGAACUUUACUAUAAAAAAGGACUUUCAAUCAUCACUUUGCAGAAAGAGGUCUCCUAAAAUACCGUCUUCUAUGUAUUUUUAAAAGUGCUUUGUUUGCUAAAACCAAUGAGUUGCCGCUUAAAAUAAUGCUGCCUUGCAGUAAAUAUAUUCCACCGUGGAAAGUAAAUGAAUCUUCUUUCAUUAGUGAUCUUACUUUUCUUCGCAAAUCCAUCACUCCAAGCACUGUGUAUAAAUCUCGAUUUUUGGAAUUAUCUGCGCACUUCAAAUCUUUUGAUUGGCAGUUUAUAUAUACUGAUGGCUCCAAAUCGUCGCAUACAUCUUUUGCUGUAGUUGAUGAUAACCAACAAAGAAUAUCGUAUGGUUUAUUAUUUCCAUUUUGUUCAAUUUUUACCGCUGAAGCUACGGGUAUUCUCAAAGCUGUCCAGUAUGCCCAACAAAACCUUGGUAAAUUCAUCAUCUGUACAGAUAGUCUAUCGUGUUUUCAAGCUUUAAAAAACCGCAGUAACUACAAUGACGUCAUUAUUGGCAUUAGAUCGCUGUUGUUUUCGUUAGCACAUAGACUAAAAAUAAUGUGGAUACCCGGUCACUCUGGAAUCAUUGGAAAUACUUUUGCGGACUCGGUGGCUAAGGAGGUGUGCAUCACUCCAACAACUACAUCUGCCUUGUUUGUUAAGAGUGAUAUAAAACGGCUUAUUAUUCAACAAAGAUCCACUAAAUUGGCGCUUGAUUGGAUGAAUUACAGACACCACUACUCUAGAAUAAAUUCAAAUCGUAUCAAACCAUCCUUUCCGUCAUCGCUUUCAUCUAAUUAUAUCAUUCCAUAUAUCAGACUUCGCAUUGGCCACUCCAUUAUCACACACGCUCACAUACUAAAUGGCACUCAGAUCAACCAAUGCCCAUUUUGUGAUUCAGAUUUAAAUCUAUUGCAUCUUCUGCAACAUUGUCCAGCACUUCAAACUCAUAGAAUGUCAAACUUCAACAAUACUGAUCCAAUAAUUUUAUUGAUGGAUCCCUCAAGCAACAACAUUUCGAAAAUCUACAACUUUUUGAAAGACAGCGACCUUCUUCGACGCAUAUAACAUAACCAGUCGGCCGAUAGCCCAUGAUGCUAGUGCUGCGUAUUUUCUUAAGUUUGUAUAAUAAUUGUAUUAUUAUGUAAGCUUUUAUAAAAUAAAAAAAAAAAAAAAAAAAAAAAAAAUUGUUUCGUUACUCGGUAAUAUCACAUCAGCUGUUUGUUUGUUGUUCGUUGCUUUAUUCAUUUUCAACGGAAAAAUAAGUCUGGCGUUCGUUGCUUAUUUUUAAAGGGGAAAAUAAAUUUGGUGCACACUCGUGAGUUUGGAAAAAUUUUGCAAAAGUAAGUAUAUCUUUAACAAAUAGUAGCUUUUUAUUUCAUUAAAUACUUAUUUUCAGUGGAACCUCAAAAGAAAAUACGCAAGAGGGCAAAGCCUAAAAAAAUGGAGUGAGGAGGAAAACCAUUUGAUUCUAGAAUAUUUACUAGAAAAUGUGGAAAUUGAGGUAGUUCUUUAUAUUAUACAAUUAGCUUUAACUAAACACUUUAAUACGUUUUUUUUUAUAGAAACCAAACGCCCAAUUGUACUACAAAAAAUUAGUUCAAACAAAAAAUAUCGAUGCGACUACGGACAUGUUGCGCUGCAAGGUCCGGUACUGGAAGCAGAUGUAUAAUAAAGUUGAGGAGUGGCGCAAAUCGACUGGUGCUGGAAUAGACGUUGGCGAUGAUGUUUCCUCAAUAAAAGCAAAACUUUCACAAAUGUGUCCGAAUUAUAAACGGUUUUCGGUUCUAUUUGGGAGUAAAUCCGAAGUCAAUUGUGUUGUAGAGACGUACAACCUUAAAGUGUCACAAUACUGCAGCGAUUUUUCAGACCUUGUAGAGGUAGUGGAAAUUCCAGCCGAAUCAUCACAAUCAUCUGCGGAACCAUCGGGUUCACUUAACGAGAAAGCAGAACAGACAACAGUAGGAGCAGAGGUAGCAACAGAUCCUCCUACCACUCCGUCGUUCCUCGAAAAAGUGAAAAAACGUGCUCCAAAAAAUAUUCUUAGUGAACUUAAAGAUAUACAAAAGAAAGAGAACAGUUUUUUGAGCAACGAAUAGAAAUUGAAAAAGAAAAGUUAAAUUUGGAAAAGUUAAAGCUAGAAUUGGACAGAGAGAGUUAAAUAAAGAUUUUGAAAUAAACAAAUUGGAGUUAGAGACUAAAGUUCAAAUAUAAUACAUAUGUAACAAUUUUAUAUGUAUGUUUUGUAUAAUAAUUUUUAAGAAUGUACAAAUAUAUCUAAAUGUGAUAACUUGAAGUGAUACAACUUUUUAUAUGUACAUAUAUAAAAAUGAAAAAUG